AUGGCCGCUCUCACAAUGACCCCGACCGCCGUUCGCCAGCCUUUCGCCAGCCUGGAUGCACCUCGCAUGCGUUCCUUGCUCCGGUCCAAGCUGAAUUUGAAAAACAAACAAGAUGGUGCCAUCUUGUCCAAAAAGACCCAGCCAACAAUGGAUGUUGACUCGGAGAAUAUCGACCCAGUCACUCUUAAGCUCUCGACCAAGCGGAAGCGGACUAUGGACGACGACGACUCCGAACCAGCGAUCAAGAUUUCUUCAAAGCCGUCCAAGACCUCCCGCGUUGUUCUGACCACCCUCGAACCAAGCACUGCUCCUCAUAUGCCUGCAACGCCAUCCAAGCCGAUUCUGUCUACUCCCAAGUCAGCUCCUAUCCUCAAGCCUGCUGGACGCUCGCCUCAACCAAAGUCAUGCAAAUCUUCCUCUCGACGUUCCACCAUCGCUAAGAGCCGACUUGAAUCGACCGGUCGGAAAGCCGUUCACCGCCCCUUCUCCCUCGCGGCUGCCUUGUCGGGUCCAAAGCCCAAGCGCCAGUCCAAUCCCAAAGCACCGGCUUCCUGGGCGUUCGAUAUCUAUGUUGAUAACGAGCAAGAGGAGAUGACGAACCUCAUGCAACACUCUACUUGCGUCCUGGACAUCAAUGAUCAGCAGGGCAAAGUAGAGACCUCGGGUCGUGGCAAGGAGAACGUUCCACCUGUGGAACUGGGACUGGAUCUGCCACGCUCUCGCGAGCAGGAGUCUCCUGCCGCCGCAGCACGCAAAUCGGUCAUGAUGGAGGAGUCCCGAGCGCCUCUUGGAGACCUGAACGCCGCUGACUUCUACGGCGAUGAUUGCCAUGCUUUCUCUUAUGUCGUCAUUUAUGAUGAUGAGGAGACGGACGGCGCCGAGAAGAAGGCGCCACUCCACCCUUUGCCGCGCACUAGCCCUCGUUCCAUCCCCAGCAAGCUUUCGAGUGUUUCUUCCAUCUCUUCCCUCCUCGAGGCCUCUCUUCCAUCUGAGGCUACCACCGACGCCAAGUCGGAGCCAACGGAGGCUGAGAUUGAGAUCUGGGAAAGCGCAAGUGCUGCGGAAGAAGCAGCUGAGGCAGAUGAGGCAGCUGCUGAGUCAUUCAUUAGCGCUUGA